AUGACAGACUUUUCCAGCCCAAAUAAUGUCGUCGUCGAGGAUGAGAAGCUAGGCAGGUUCCAGGACGAGGAUGUUGAACAAACAAGCAACGCACUACAGAAUGUUGACGAGAAAAGGAUUUUGCGCAAAAUGGACAUUCGCCUUCUCCCUAUGCUAUCCAUUUUGUAUCUGCUGUGUUUUCUCGAUCGGGGCAACAUAGGGAAUGCGAAGAUUGAAGGCUUGCCUGAAGAGCUCGGUCUGACAAGCCCUCAGUACAACUUGUGUUUGACCGUGUUCUUUUUCACAUAUGCCGCCUUCGAAGUUCCAUCAAACCUGCUUUUGAAGCGACUCCGACCGUCUAUCUGGCUACCUGCUAUUAUGGUGGCUUGGGGAAUCGUUAUGACCCUGAUGGGCGUCGUUAAAAAUUAUGCUGGACUGUUGACGGCAAGGCUGUUUCUCGGAGUCGCAGAAGCCGGCCUUUACCCCGGAGUCGCAUUCUAUAUAACCAUGUGGUACUGUCGCCAUGAAGCGCAAUAUCGACAAGCGUUGUUUUUUAGCUCUGCUAGUAUUGCUGGUGCUUUUUCUGGGCUUCUCGCUUUUGGCAUUGCAAAAAUGGACGGCGUUGGGGGAUACUCUGGCUGGCGAUGGAUCUUUAUUCUUGAAGGUUUAGCCACGGUGCUUGUUGGCUUCAUUUCAUUUUUCGUGAUUCAUGACUAUCCCGAGACUGCUUCCUUUUUAACAAAAGACGAACGAGAAUGGGUGAUUAGUCGUUUAAGAAAUCAGAAUGUCGAUAUCCAUGGGAGACAGGUGGCGGAGGAAGAAGCAUUCUCUUGGAAGUACGUCCGAGAUGCCUUUACAGAUUGGCAAAUUUACCUUGCCCUCAUUAUGUACUGGGGUGUCCUCCCCAUAUAUAUCACGUCGGCCAUUGUCUCUGUCGUUGCUGCAUUUUUCUCGGAUCGAGCAGGCCAAAGAUCGCCUUUUAUUUUCGGCUUUUUCAUCUGCAUCAUAUCAGGCUUUGUUAUUUGCAUUGCAGCCUCGGGCAGAGGAGUACCCGGGGUUGUCUAUUUUGGCACAUUUUUAGCUGUUGUCGGAAUCUAUCCAGCCUUUCCUGGAAACGUCACUUGGCUUAGCAACAACCUGGCAGGAGGAUACAAACGCGCAGCGGGAAUGGCCAUCCACAUUGGUAUUGGUAACCUCGGUGGUGCUAUGGCCUCCAACUUUUAUCGCGAACAAGACAGUCCCAAGUUUAUUUUGGGCCAUGCCUUGGAACUUGGAUUUGCCGUUGCCGGGGCGCUCGCUGUGCUCAUUCUCCGAAUCUCAUAUCAAAAAGUUAAUCUAAAGAGAGAAAAGGCCUUGGCGGAUAUACAUUCUAAUACUGCAUCAUUCGAGUCUGAAUCGAGUGGGGAGGGGGAUCGGAGCUUGACGUUCCGAUAUAUUCUGUAG